GGUAAGCAGUCAGUCGCGCUAGUAAAACACACUGCUCGGUAUUUAACAGAAAAAAAAAAAAACAAAAACGAAAAAACGGUUCAAAGGCAACAUUUAAACAAAACGCUGGACAACAAAUUGCAAGAAAGUUAUGCGUUGUGAAAAAAUAAUCAAAUGAUUUGUGAUUACCAAAAAUAAUAGGAGGAGGAGAAAAAAUUUUGAAAUUUUAUGACCAAAAUACCGCAAGCGACUAGUGCAUGCGUCGGUGGAGAUUGACGUUUAAUGAUGAGUUUAUGAGGUUUUUUUUUCUCUUCCCAUUUCUUUGUUCUUGUUUACGAGAUCUCCCCGCGUUGUAGUGCAAAUAUGUGUUCCUACCACCAAAUAAUAAAAAAAGAAAACAAAAAUUGAAUUAAAUUAAAUACCAAAAAAAUUUAAAUUUUUUACUUGAAAAAAAUUUCCAUGAUUUUUGGCCACUUUUAUGCCGUACAAAUUAAAAAUCGGAAAUUAAAAUCGCUUUUAUGAGCCAAUAAGGAAUUUGGAAUUUGAAUAAAAGAAUUUUUAUAAGAUAAAUCAAAAAUUCCACCAAAUCGAUCUUUUUAAUGACCAAUUUUUAUGGCCUAAACAAGUUUUUAGUGUAAAGUGUUAUUUAUAAAGUGAAAUUCCUUGGCCACAAUUAAUUCGGAUAUUUUUUGGCAUUAAAAGGAGGAAAACCUUAUUAAAAUGUCCUUUUACUUCUUCUGUGCAAAAUUAUUCAGCGACAUGAAAUCCACACCUGCGAAAACAAAGCCCUGUUUUUAAAUGAAGCUCUGCACAAAGCAUCUGCAGGUUAUUCCAAGAAGUUAUCACGUGUUUGCGCUAAAAACAAAACGAAACAAUCACGCAUUUCAGGACAAUAAGAAACAGUUGUGGACUUAAAAUUGAAAGUGAAACGCCAUCACCAUCGGGAGGAAUAAAUUCCCUCCAGAUGCAUAACCAAACACCGUUAUAAACUCACCCACACACACACACACACACAUUUCAGGGAAGCGAUAAAACAAAACAUGGAUGAAUACGGAAUUACACGUUUCAAGGAAAAUGAAAUGCUGGAUGACGAGGAAUAUGAGGUCCUCUAUAUUGCUCCAGUGGAAAUUGUUGUACUACUCUCCGUAUUCUAUGGAACUAUAAGUUUAGUUGCCAUAGUUGGUAAUUCUCUGGUCAUCUGGGUUGUGGCAACAACGAGACAAAUGCGUACCGUAACAAAUAUGUACAUUGCCAACUUGGCAUUUGCCGAUGUAAUAAUUGGACUGUUCUGCAUACCAUUCCAGUUCCAGGCAGCCCUGCUACAACGUUGGACCCUGCCAUGGUUUAUGUGCGGAUUUUGUCCCUUUGUCCAGGCCGUCAGUGUUAAUGUUUCGGUAUUUACUCUGACGGCAAUUGCCAUAGAUCGCCAUCGAGCAAUACUAAAUCCAUUGAGAGCACGCCCCACAAAAUUUGCAUCGAAAUUUAUAAUUGCCACCAUUUGGCUGGCGUCAGUGACCUUUGCAACGCCCUGUGCCAUUGCAUUUCGCGUCGAAUUACAACAUGAACGGCGAAAAGACACUAUCAACAACACCAUAUACAAUGUGACAACACCGUUCUGCAACAAUGUAAAUCUCUCCGAUAGCCAGCUGCAGACGUAUCGUUAUUCGCUGGUAUUUGUUCAGUAUUUGGUGCCGUUUUGCGUCAUCAGCUUCGUUUACAUACAAAUGGCGAUACGUUUGUGGGGCACUCGAGCACCGGGAAAUGCGCAGGACUCAAGGGAUAUAACGCUGAUGAGGAAUAAGAAAAAGGUCAUAAAAAUGCUGAUUAUAGUUGUGAUUGUAUUCGGAGUCUGCUGGCUGCCUUUGCAGCUGUACAACAUACUUUAUGUUACGAUUCCCGAAGUGAAUGAAUACCAGUUCAUUGGUAUUGUCUGGUUCUGCUGCGAUUGGCUAGCCAUGAGUAACAGCUGCUAUAAUCCUUUCAUCUAUGGCAUAUACAACGAAAAAUUCAAAAGAGAAUUCAACAAACGGUUUCAAACCUUCUUCUGUCAUUUUCACACAACUGGCGACAUACACGAGCGGACAAUGUCAAUGCAUACUAGGGCGAGUUCACUGCGCUCAACAUAUGGCACAUCACGACUGCGCAAUCAGAAUCGUACCAGCAGCAUCUAUAAUCGACAGACCUCCAGUGAGAGGGACAGCAAGCGGGGUGAGGCUCAACAGCUAUGCAAUUUCAUAACCUACAAUGUGAAUAGCAAUGGUGAGGAGAUUUUGUUAAGUGGUUUGACUCCCACAAAUGGUAUUGAGUUGAAAACCAAAGAAAUCGAGUCGGUUCGUCCCAACUCCGGUUGGCAAUGGCAACGCAAUAAUUUCAAGCCAUUACAUCCGGAACUGCUGGAAUGUGAUAGCAGUGAGGAGCAGGUGCUGGUGGGCGAUAAACAUCCGCCCCACUCAGAAGCUUUGAGGGAAUUUCCAGUUAAUGGAUACAGUGGAAAUAAGGCAAAUAAUGAAGAGACGGAUAUUUUGAGGGCACACCACCAACAGACCAUUAUAUGAGAGGCCAGUUUCAAUUUAGGAAAUCAUGAAACCAAAAAUUAAAAAAAAAAUAUUAGAACCUAAUAACAUUAUUUUCGAAAACACUACGAAUACUCUAUUCUGUAAUAAUCUGUAUAAAAUGGAAUUUGUACCAAGUACCGUAUACGUCUGGAACGUUAUAGCGAGAAGAUGAUAUCUUCUAAAUACAUACAAGUUAUUGAAGAGAAGUGAUGAAUCCCAAAAAUGUAAAAAUUAAAAAAAACAAAGGUUUUAUUGACUGAUCGAUCCUAGAUAUAAAAGCAAACUUGCAGAUUUUUUUGUUUGUUUUCUCUUGAAAUUCGUUCAUAUCACCUAAACUAGUGGAAAUGCUACAAAAAAAAAAAAGAAACACACACACACACACAAAGAAGAACUUUGAAGACCUGAAGCAUAUAUACAAAGAACAAAUUUUAUCUGUACAAGUUAUUAAUUCUGAGAAUUUCAAAAUAGUUAAUUAAUGUAGGUAUUUUGUCAGUAUUAUGUGUAACACAAUUACUAUUGUAAUUAACUUAUUAUUAUUAUUAUUAAUUUUAACAUUGCUGUAAGUUAUCAGUAUUAUAGUGAGGAAAUAAACAACUAU